AUGGACACCUGCAACUUGGAAAUUCUUGAUAUUCACUCGAAUUCACGUUAUGCGGAAGAUUAUUUGGAGCGUUUUGAGAUUUUUUGUCUCACCCGCAAGAGUGUGAAUGGCGAGAAGGAGAUAGCACAUUUUCUCUCAGCUGUUGGGAAGGAAGCUUAUGCGCUGAUUAAAACCUUGACAUUCCCAGAGUCCCCAAUACAACUGAAGUAUAAAGAACUGAAGGAUCUGUUACUAAAACACUUCCAUCCAGUGAACUUCGAAGCAGCUGAGCGAGUGAAAUUCCACUGCCUUGCUCGUAAUCCUAAUCAGUCCGUCCGAGACUUCAUUCUUCAGCUGCAGACUCAGGCUGCGCGCUGUAAUUUCAAAGAUCAGCUUCAAAAUCUGCUCCGUGAUGGACUCAUUGCUGGAAUUAACUGUUCUGAGCUACAGCAGCAGUUAUUGUUGAUUCCAAACUGUACAUUUCAAACUGAAAAGGUGGUCUGUGAACAAUAUCAGGAUGUACGUGCUGCCUUACGUGAGGAGCCAAAAGUAUUGUCCAGUCACAAUCGUAGUUCAGCGCUUGAAGCUCAACAGACGCGGCAGUUCAAAAGUGUCAACGGAGCUGUUAAUCACAAUCUGAGGUCCGCACAACCUACAAAUAAUAACGUCUGCCACUGGAACUCUUGCAAAUCGUGCGACACAGGUAGUGUGAAUUCGUUUAUUUCAAAGACUGUUCCUCAGCGUUUGGAACCACGUGUGUAUCUAAACACAACUGACAUUUUGGUUAAAGGUAUAACUGGCCAUAACCUUCCUGUUUUGGGUUUGUGUGAACUACUUCUUCCUGAUGAUAAACAGCACACAUUCAAUUGUUUCUUUCUUUUUAUUGAUUCCGACAUUUCUAUUAUUGGCCUCGAUUCCAUGAAACGCAUGGAAAUUUCUCUUUCAUUUUCUAAUGAUGAUCAACAGUCUCGACUGCAUCAGUUGGUUCUUAAAUGCUCCAAAAAUAAGGGUGGUAUUAAAAUGGCCCCAAUUCACUUGGAAUUUGUUAGUUCCCCAAUAUUUCUGAAACGUCCAAUUAUACCACUGGGUCUCCCUGAACCCGUGAAGAAAGUUUUGGACGAUUUAGUUGAGAAGGGUGUAUUAACCCCGGUGGAUUCUUCUGUUUGGGCUACCCCUAUUGUGGUUUCGUUGAAGCGUGAUGGUAAAACACAGAAUUUGUAG